AGCAAUCUGCAGAUAGAUUCAUUUAUCGUCCGAAUGCAAAAAUUCAGGAUAAGAUAAAUCCACCUUCUUUCCUGUCUGUGUUAAUAUGGUGAUAUCAUAGAAGCACCGGGCGUCAUCAGCAAGAAAGGAUGCCGCGGCAGCUGCUCGCCGCGAGCGAGCUGACAUCGGAGCUGGCUGGGCAGAACGAAGAUGGUUUUUCUCCCGUGUCGCCGACCCAAAAUGGCAAUAACCUGCUUCUCGGGGUUGACAACACGCUUCUGGCAGGUCGUGGUCUGCAGGGUUCGCGAGCGAACAGCAAACAGUCGCAGCGUCCUUCGGUAGGGGAAGACCAGCUGAAGGCGAAAAUCGACAUAUUGGCGGCCAAAAACGCGGAGUCCCACCAGUUCGCGCCGGAGGUCACACACGAGUACGACGGGCACACGGCCAGGAGGGACAAUGUUUUUUUCGGAAAGUCGGAAUCCGCGUUCUUGAUGCGGCGGGUGACUAUCAAACACAGAAAAGCCACCAGCCUGUUUAUGUAUGGCGUGUCUAGUCUAGUACUGUCAUGCAAAGAAAGCUUUUAGAUGGAACAAGUUGAAAUAAAGCGACAACGAGACCCGGCACUUGGUAAGUAGUGAAACAACUACUAGCGUGCGCGGUUCAUUCGAAGACCCUAGGACCACAGGCAACUCAUUCAUGCCGCCGACUGUACGAGCAUACCGUAGAAUUUCUGUUUGAUAGCAUUGAAGCAUUUGUUUAAGCUGAUUCUCUACAUUUUCUUCAUCGUGCUAAUCUACUGCCUGAUCCGCAAUCCGGUCUCUAGUCCCAAUUGUGACCAAAUACCAAGAAUCUACGUACAUCUGGUAUGGCCCGUUGAGAUGUUGCAAGCUCUAGGGUUACUGACGUUUGUGAUGCGAGGGUUAUUCGAGAAGCAAGGUAUGAGAUCGCUUUACAUGUGGAAUCAAUUGGUCAUGCGCUGUGGGUACGAAAGAUCGUUCAGUACUCUUCACAUUUUACAAACUGCCUCAGAAAGAAUUGUGCACAUCGAUCUAGCACCUUGUAACACCUGCGCGGACCAUAAAUGGUGAUCGAUUAUUUGCUGAAGGGUUUUGCGGUGGUCAACUCGUUCGUCGUCAGCAUAUACACGAUCAAUCGCCCGCAAGUGCGGUUAAACAGCAUGAAAAACAUCGCGAUUUUUAUUGGCAGCUUCAUGAUCCCCUUCGGAGCCAUGUCCAGCGUCGGAGUGCUAUCAAAAGGAAAAGCGUCCCCGUGGUCCUCGCGCCAGAAUGUAGACGAUAAGUAUUCCUCCGCAAGGCCGCCGUUGUAUACGUUAUGUAGUCUUGCAUGAAGAAGGACAAAAGCACGUCGAUGUGUGUCAGAACCUCACUAUGCGAUGUGGUAAAUUUCUCAAGUUUGCAUCGAUUCACAAAGCCAAGCCUUUUUUUUCUGCUGCCGGGAGGACAUCAUCAGAGCUUUCCGUUUCCAUAGGCGAUGCUGACCGGGAAACCGGACGCCGAUGCCGCUUUCGGUCUGCCCUUCGUCUUUUUCAUGUUCGGGUUCGGCGCUUAUCUGCUCCACAGGGAAGGUAAAAGAGUCAAAUGCCCCCGCGGCGUGGAUCCACCACUCUUCCGGAGACACAACAAAAUACAGGCGCUGCUGUUUAUCAAGGUAAAGACAGACAGCAAUUGUUGCGGACACGACUUCAGAUUUUCUAAACUUUGUAAGUACAUUAGCACCGAUUUUAUUGAUGAUGAAAUGAACAAAAACGUCACCGCAAAAAAAGUAUAAAAUGAUGAACAACACGACAGAUUGGGAUAACGGCGUUUGCAGGGUACAUGGCAUGCAUGAUCUUUGCGGACAGAUACGAGACGUGGACCAACGCCGUGAAGGAUUCCUACAGGGAGGGGUUUGUCCUCAUGUUCGCGGAGUGCCUUUUGGCGCUUCUGUUUUUCAGCAUCAUCAUCCCCAUCUACCAGCGGUCUUUGGCAAAAACCCUCACCCACUACUGGCACCUAUACGAAGUGGACGGGAGGAGAAAUCUGGCGCAGUAGAAUUUUUGCUGCCUUUCUUCUAUCUACCAAAAAAGAAAAAACUAUUCAACAUCAGACCAGAUGACGAUAUUCGUAUUGCAUAAUGGCAAAAUAUUGUUUAAGCCCAGACUUUGCAAGAACAUGCAAAAAUCCUCUCAGGUACGACCGCAUUAUGAUCCAGUGGAACUUUUUUUUCGACGUGCUGAAGUUCUCAUACGGACGCAUGGUCCUGUUUAACGUGUCCAGCUACCUGGUGUUCUUCGGGAUUAUGUGGAAGGACAUUUGCUACGCGCUGUGGCACUUCAUGCUGAAGUUCGACCGGUGGGUGAUCGCGCUGAUUGUGAAGAUUUUCAACAAAAACGGCGGGAAUUCCUUCGCGGACGCGAACCUGUCGCCCACCUACAAGUACAUGAUCAAGACCAUCGAGAGCACCGUGUACCUGAUGGGCGUGCCGCGCAUGCUGGUGCGGCAGUGGGAGCCGCUGUGCGACUUCACGCAUUUGGAGGUGGAUCAGUCCAUGCUGGACGACGAGGAGGACAUGCUGCAGGUGUCCAAUUUCAUGCAAGGCAAGCAAAGCCCCCUGGAAAUCGGCAAGCGUACGAGCAUGGCGGAGGCCCUCGGGGCCUCGAUGGGCGGGAAGCUGGUGAAGGCCCCGGACCCGACCGGGUUGGGACUAAGGCUCACGUUCGCGAAUGUCUCGGUCUGCAUCCACAACCUGCCGGCGGAACUGAAGCAGGACAUGCAGGAUUUCAAGGUCGACAAAAUGGACGAGGUAUACGACGAGCGGGGGGACGACAAAUUCGGCGUGUACUCCGAUCGGGAUCAGGAAAGGAAGGAGAAGGCGGGCUCUUUGUUCGGGCGGGGGGCCAGCAGCGGCAGCGGAAACAACAAGAAAAAGAACAAACCCAUGCCCGGGACCGGGACCAUCCUCGAGCCAAUUUACGAGGAGCCGGUCGCGCCGAGCGAGAUGGUGCGCCUACAGUACGUGAUCUCUUUCGUGCAAACCCAGGUCUUCAUGCGCUUCCAAGUGCGAGCUGCGGCCAAACUUUUGACAAGGUAUCUAUUCGCUUCUUGUUGUGCAGUUUUGUUCCCCCGCAUGGGCUGCUAAGAUGCUGAACCCUAACAUCCUGUCCAUCUCAUGGAGCAAUAUUGAGGCAAAAAUAGCAGCAUCUAUAACGCGCAACAAGAACAAUCAAGUACCGUUUGUGAAUAAAAAUUCACAGCCUGGUGUUUGUCUUCAUCCCGCUGAUUUGCGAGGUCCUCGGGAAUACGAAAAAUAGUCCGAAUUUUGUGUCGCUGUUCGAGACAGACGAGCCGGGCUACAUCGGCAAGAAAUCCGAGAAGUACGUGGUUGCCGGCAUUUCGUUUCUCUUCGUGGACAUUGUGGAAUAUCCCACAGAAAAAGACCGACAGGUCAUAUUUGUAAUGCAGAAAUAAAUACACAGGAAAAUCUGUCAUGGGCGAAGCCAUAACAUCCUGUUUAGGGCAUGCAAUACAGAUUUUUUUGUCUAUUUAUUUUUGCAUUACAAAUAUGACCUGUCGGUCUUUUUCUGGGGGAUAUGGAAUGGAUCGCAAUCACGUACUUCGCCGCGCGGAGCUGUCAAGGCGGAAUCGUCCAGAAAUUGCGCUACUUCUACUAUUUGCUGGUGAAGGAUCCGAAACUAUGCAAAUGAAAACUACACUCGUUGUUUUCCUUUUCUCCCUCUGGCUGAUUUGCUUUCGGGUGGGUUUUGAACGGCGAUUGUCAUUUCAGAGGUUGCCUUUCUGCGCUGCGUGUGGCAUCAUGAUAUCAAGGUGCAAAAUGUGAGUAGUACCAAUCUCAAGUUGUCUUGCACUCGCAGCUACAAAGCUCCGGAUUUGUUGCGUUUUGUUGAAGUGUCCCACUAUACCAGCAGGGGAAGAAGGAAAUUGUUUGGUUCCAUAGGAGACGAGCUAUGCGAUCAUUUCCUACGGCCUGUUCAUAGGGCUGUUUGCCGUGCAGUUUAAGUUCAAGCCGUUCCAGGGCGUGCAGAAGUUGAACUACCCCCACGGCACGGUGCAGGCGGGACAGGACCCGGAGGUGUGGCGCCGGAAUUUCGACGGCCAGCUGCGUCCCUUCGGGUCCGUGGGGGUUUCCGCGGCCGCGGCGGCGGCGUCGAAUGGGGCGUACGAGUACGUGCUCCCCAUCGGGGACGGGCACAGCCCGGACACCAGCGUCGGCUGUAUGGCUUGCUCAGCUGUUACAAUCUCAACUCAAACGUUAUAAUAGAAUCUGGAAUUUUUCUUGCAUGAACAGCAUGAGUACCAUACAGAGACUUGGGCUUUUCGCAAUACAAAUUUCGCCAGAUUCUGAUGGGGUUUGGAGCUCCGAAACUUGUCAUGCGCGCUCCAGUGGGAGUAGGCCAGAUGUUGCGGAUUUUGCAACACAAAUUCCAAAUUCUAUUGUAACGUUUGAGAUUGUAACACCUGAGCGGGUUAUAGGCUGGAAACAGAUGUUCUACUACUGUUUCGACAGCGGAAGUUUGGAACCCUGGGAAGACGUGCUAAAGACCCCGAUUGUGUGA